UAUUAUUUUAAACCAGUUUUAUAUCUUUCUUUAGCUCGUAAACUAAAGUGAACUGGAGAAAAAAUGAAGAUUCCCUUCGCAGUUUUAUGUAGUAGUUUGCUUUUAUCAAUUUCAGUGACAGCAAACGUCGAUUACUCCGGGCAUGUUGUGAUCCGUGCGAUUCCCGAGACGAAAGACCAACUGGAACUUUUGGAUGAUUGGUUCUCGCAAACGACCAGCUUCCUCGACUUCUGGUUCCCACCGAGUAAAAUUAACAAGUUUGUCGACAUUCGCGUCCAUCCCGAAUGGUACGUUUCAUCUUCAAUCAGGUUGUACAUGUUAUUUAAUCUGUAUACCGUUAACAGGUACAACCAUGUGGUUGAAACCUUAACUCGUAUGAACAUUAAUCAUAAAAUCCAUAUUGCUGAUGUUGGUGAGUUGGUGCGACAGGAACAAGAGACCAUCGCUCUCCGACGCGCACUUUACAGUGGAAAAGCAAUUGAUCUUGAAAAUUAUCACACGUACGAAGAGGUGACGUUCUUACUUGGCUGACUUGGCUAAUACAAACCCAAUAGUGUCGACUAAGGUUGGAGGGACAACCGCAGAGGGUCGUGACAUUGUUCAGUUAAUCAUCAGCACUCAUCUUUCUGCCAAUAAACGUGUUGAGUUCUUCGAAUGCAAUGUGCACGCAAGAGAGUGGAUUACGGCCGCAACAUGCAUUUGGAUUAUUGACCGGGUAAAGAGACGUACUUUUUGCUUUCUUUUGACAACAUUAUAGUGUUUGUUAUACAUGAUUAAUUGUAUACGCAGAUCACUACUGGGUAUGGUUCUGAUCCCGAAAUUGGCGCAUUGCUCUCGACAAAGGAGCCUGCAGCGAUGUCCACAGUGUAGUUUUUUCUCACACAUGGAAGUACAGUCAUUCCUGGACAGCUUUUUCCCACACUCGAUUUUUACUCUGUGCCCGCAUUUUGGGAUCACCUUCUCCACCUCAAUCCUAGAAAGGAAAGCCGUUUGAAGUGGAUUAAUAAAGGAAGAUGAGCGAACUUGUCUUUACCGACAGAAGACACUGCUCAAUUGUUUGUUGCUCUCUUUGGGCCCACAUUUUAAGUGGUACAUGUGGCCACAAGGCAAUUCUUUUACCUCCUCGACAGUACAAGUCAAUGCGAGUCUCUUCUUCAAUGGGACACCACAUUUCGUAGGAACAGUGUGUCAACAUCCUAGUAGCUGCUUGAUUCGAGUAUUUUGAAAAAAAAACGCACUGUGGCUAACGUGAAAAGCGAAAGUAAAUUUUUUAUUCAAUAACUGGACCAUUUCCACCACCGAUAAUAAAAAAAGAUAUCGAAAAUUCUAGAUUUAAUUUUAAUUUUAUAUUUUAUUUUAUUCACUUAUUUUUUUGCAUUUUGCAUUUUACAUUGUGCGCAUUUCAUACUCUUGUCCGAAAUAUUUAAUGCACGCAAGGACCAAGACUGCUAUGCCAUAAAAACGAAAAGUUAGUCGAUUAUUUUUUUUCUUACACUGGCCUUCACCUGCCAUUCAAACUGGCUUACGAGCAAACGACGAACCUUUCAAGAAUCCAUUAGGGGUUGAAAGAUUCCCAUGGGGUCAGUUCGAUUAACACCUGAAUUAUAUUACGAGAAUACAACAGCAUAUACCAUAGACAGUGACAGAAUCCAUUCACGCAGCAUUCUUUUUUCUCUGUUUGGUCACUCAUCGAAAACAAUAAAGCGAAGAGGGCAGUAUGGGUUUCGCUGAUGCAUCAACCUACCUGCUAAUCACUUUUACUCUCAAUAAAUUGCCAACGUGAGAUUCCGCAGGAAUUAAAAGGUUUAAUUCAACGUGCUACUCACGUGCCACCUAGUGCCAACCGAAGAUAACUUUCCCGGUCUUACGGCGGGACUGAUACACGUUCCAUUCACGAUCCGUGAUUAACAAUAGACCAUACGAUUUUUCUAUUGUAGCGUUUUUCAUAUGUAAGUAUCUCUCUAGCAUAAACAAGAUUCUAUUCAAUAGAUAAUAAAA